UUUUUUAAGGUCUUAUUUGUUCUCGCCGCGUAAAUUACAUCUGUUGAAAUGGUGCCAGUUACCCGUUUUUUAACUCAUUCCGGCAUUUGGAAGUUGGGCGGAACAGCCUUUACAGGUGCGCGUGGCUUGCAAACUUCAGCCGUAAAUAGGAAGGUAAAAGGUGAUGGAUCGGACAUAGUCCUCAUUGAUGGCGUUCGCACACCGUUUUUGCUCGCGGGAACAGACUACGCAUCAUUGAUGCCUCAUGAUUUGGCUCGUGAAGCUUUGCUUGGUCUGGUUGCUCGCACUGGCAUCGAGAAAUCCAUUGUCGAUUACAUCUCCUUUGGAACAGUGAUCCAGGAGGUAAAGACGAGCAACAUAGCCAGAGAAGCCGCUUUGGGUGCUGGUUUCUCUGACAGAACUCCCGCCCAUACUGUGACCAUGGCUUGUAUUUCAUCGAAUCAAGCGAUCACUACCUGCAUGGGCUAUAUCCGUGAUGGCGUUUACGAUGUUUGCGUUGCCGGCGGCGUUGAAUUCAUGUCAGAUGUGCCUAUCCGUUUGUCUCGCAAACUUCGAGCAAUGCUUUUGAAGAUGAACAAGAUGAAAACCGUUCAACAGAAACUUUCCCUCCUAUCAACCUUUCGUCCCGGAUUUCUUGCCCCCGAGUUGCCAGCUAUUUCUGAAUUUUCGAGCCAAGAAACCAUGGGACAUUCUGCUGACCGACUCGCGGCCGCCUUUGAGGUUUCGCGCCAGGAGCAAGACGAGUUCGCCAUGCGAUCCCAUAAGGCUGCCGACGAUGCUCAGAGCAAGGGUUAUCUUAGCGACCUAGUUCCAGUGAAAAUUCCAGGAAAGGAUAUUUAUGCGACUCGCGACAAUGGAGUUCGAAUUUCAACAAAGGAGCAGAUGGCGAAAUUGAAGCCGGCCUUUGUCAAACCCUUCGGAACAAUUACCGCAGCAAAUGCAUCGUUCUUGACCGAUGGAGCUUCGGCUUGUUUGAUAACGUCUGAAAAAACGGCGAAGAAGCUUGGACUGAAACCUAAGGCCUACUUGACCGAAUUCGUGUACGUUUCGCAAGAUCCCGUGGAUCAACUUCUGCUCGGGCCUGCGUAUGCAGUUCCUAAUGUUUUGAAACGAGCUGGACUCAAGUUCUCUGACAUUGACGUCUGGGAGAUUCACGAAGCUUUCGCC